GGGGCUUCGCGUACGCUGGUCACGCGGGCUGAUGUUGACACUUCCGGGUGGGACCAAAGUGAGGCGCAGGGGCUGUGGCUGGUGGCUUCCGCGGCAACCAUGGCGUAUCACGGCCUCACGGUGCCUCUUAUUGUGAUGAGCGUGUUCUGGGGUUUCGUCGGCUUCAUUGUGCCUUGGUUUAUCCCUAAGGGUCCUAAUCGGGGAGUCAUCAUCACCAUGUUGGUGACCUGUUCAGUUUGCUGUUAUCUCUUUUGGCUGAUUGCAAUUCUGGCCCAACUCAACCCUCUCUUUGGACCACAAUUGAAAAAUGAAACCAUCUGGUAUCUGAAGUAUCACUGGCCUUGAGGAAGAAGACAUGUUCCACAGUGCUCGGUCUUUGAGGUCAUGAGAAGAGAAUUCCUUCUAGAAGCAAAAUCACUUCCGAACCCAGAGUGUCUUCCUUGACUUGCCUUUGUUGGGCAUCAGCUGCCUUAAACAUUCACACCAUAUUUGAAUGUCUUAUUCUUCAAUGCAGUAUUUUUUUUUCCUUUACCUUUUUACACUUAAAUGAAUUACGUGCCUACUUAACCUGUACUGUGCUGACUCCACAAAAUGUGUAUUACUCUUCUGAAAUAGAAGAUGCUGUUCUUCUGAGAAGUAUGUUAUUUUCUCCUUGGAAUCUGCGGGUUUGAAGAUGAUAGCCCCUGUCUUCUUGCAGCAUUGGAAUCAACGAAGAGUUUGAAUACUGCUGCAAGACAAACAAGAUUCCAGUGGGGCUGUCAGUAGGAGAGCAUGUUCAGAGCGAAGAUCUAUCCCAAGGAAAUUAUACCAAAGUAUUUUCAGGAUGAAUUUCUUGUUUCUGCCAUCUUUUGGAAUAAAUUAUUUUUCUGCUUUCUAUGGAA